CUGGCUUCCUUUGCCGUUGCCGUGCUCGACAAACGAUCCCCCUUCUCUCUCCCUCCCUCCCUCUCUGAAGAGCUCGCGAAGCAAACGAAGCCAUGUCUUCCGCCCCGACGCAGCGGUUCCACGGAUCGAAAGGACCCUAUCGCUACCAGAAAAAGUUCGUCCCCAAGAACGAUAACUCUUCCUCAUCCACCUCUUCCUCGGCAAAUCCCUCGAGCUCCAAUCGCAGCAAUCCUCUCCGGCCCCUCACCACCGCUCUGAGGAACCACUCCGCCGUCGCUGCGGCCCGCUCUGGAUCGAGGGAGAAGCUCCGCGAUGAAGGGAACUUCGUCACCUACUUGCCCCACGACGAGGCCGUGGCCUCCGGCCUCGGCGCUGACGCCGGCGGCCUGGAUGCUGUCGAGUCGCAGGCCGUCGUCGACCUCCUCAACGAUGAGCUAUCCAAGAUCCUUAAGAUGAGCCCUAGGGAUUUCUGGAGAGAAGUGGCGAAGAAUGAUGCUUUGAUUGAGUUCUUGGAUAGUUACCUGCAGUUCAGAAAUAGAUGGUCUGAUUUCCCACAUCGGGGAUCGAGGGGGGUUGUUGCUGGGGUCAUCGUCGGGGAGCUUGAGCUAUGUCGACGUGUUUUUAUGAUCCUCUAUCGAAUGUCUUCCAACAAGGAUCCUGGGGCGUGUCCAAAUGAUUGCCUCAGUAUGAAGGAUCAUACAGCCCUCUUGCAGGAAAAGAAUCUACUGGAUUUGCCAAAAUUAUUGGAUAUUUGUGCUAUCUAUGGACAUGAUAAUGAAGAGUUAACCAAGUCAUUGGUCAGAAAUGGUAUAAGAGCCCAGCCAAAUCUCCUUGAUAAAGUUGAAGCAGUGGUCUCCCAUUUCCUAAAUAUAGUGCACACUAUGCAUGAACGCUGCAGCUCCUCUUUAGAGGUACUGAUUUCAUCUCGUGGGCAUGAAACUCAUGGAUCUGGUCAUUUGCAUAAAGAUUUUUUGGAGGUGAUGGACUUUAUAAAUGAUGCGGUUGUGACACUAGAUGCAUUUGCUGAUGCAUAUAGACCUGCAAGUUUUUACUUGUCUCUUUCAUUUGAGAUGAAUUAUGGGAAUGAAGAUAUGCUCAGAACUUUGGCAAGACUGCAUGAUUCUUUGCUGCCAUCUUUGCAGAAAGGUCUUGCAAUUGUUUCUAGUACCAUUGCUGAUGGGUCAUCGAACAGCCUGCUCACUGAAACACUUCUCAGUCUAAGAAUGUUGUCAGCGAGAAUUGUCAAGUUUGGUUGGAAAUUGCUUGACUUUUGCUAUUUGAAUGAUAAGUUAAUAGAGGACGGGUUUCAAACUGCUUCAAAGAUGUUUCCAGCCAGAGUUGAGGAUCCUGUCAUAAGGGGAGAUAUUCUAGUUCAGACGUUCAAAGAGAUUAAUCAGGAAAUUUCUUAUAAAUUUUCAGAAAAUCAUGGAAAUGGAACAUUUCUUCAGAAACUUGAGACAGAGUUCAAGAUUUUGAGACGUGUUGAUGACCUUCGCAGCAAUGGAUGGCUCUUUAUGGAUGAGGAACAAUAUCGAUAUAUAUCUCGUAUUGCAGCACCAACUCAUCUAAAGUCCUGGGAGUCGGGAUCUGUGAUCCCCAUCUCUUCACUGAAUGAAAAAGUACAGAUGGAUGAGGAGACUGUAAUAGCUGAGUCUAAGAUUAGUCAAAUUAAGGACCUCUUCCCAGAUUAUGGGAGAGGUUUUCUAUCAGCUUGUCUUGAAGUCUAUAACCAGAAUCCCGAGGAAGUGAUUCAGAGGAUACUAGAGGGAACACUUCAUGAAGAUCUUUUGUCUUUAGAUACUUCACUAGAGCAGGUUCCAUCACGAAAACAAACAUCCAGCCGCAGUGAUAAAGGGAAAGGUUUAUUACUAGAAUCUGCACCUCAAGGUACCUUGCCAUCUACCGCCACGGGUUCUAGUAGGCAGCAGAAAGAUGACGCUGGCCCUCCAUCUUCCUCUCUUUCAUCCUCGUACGGGCGAUACACAAGAAAGCCUAAUGAUGAAGUUCCUAAUUCCACCAUUCUUGACUCAAGAACAGCUAAAGAUGCUGUAAGGGCAGCCGUCCUUGCAGCAGAACUUGAAUAUGAAGAUGAAUAUGACGACUCAUUUGAUGAUCUAGGCCUGAGUAUCGUUGAAUCAGUAACCGAGGAGACAGAGAACUUAUCUGAUAGAAUUAAAUCCUUAACAGGAAUAGCCUCAGGUUCAGAUACUGGAGGUUCAUCAAAUUCUAGCUCGAAAUGGAGUUCACAAAAGAAGCUACAAUUUUACGUCAAGGAUGGGAAGAACUAUAGCUAUAAAGUUUCUGGUUCAAUUGCUGUGUACGAUGCUCAAGAAGCAGCUCUUGUCAACCAAGCACAGAAAGAGAUGAUUCAUGGUCUGGGACGUGGUGGAAAUUUACCAGUUGGGGCUGUUAAGAGGCUGAUGGAUGCCGAGGACCAGGACCAAGAACAUCAGAUGCCUGACACCGCAGAAAAUGCAGGUAGAGGGAACACCAAUCCUCAGGGAAGGGGAGGAAGGAGAGGCGGCAGGCACCACCACCACCGGAAGGAUAGAGCAAUGAAGAAGCACUUGUCAGGAGUGGGUGGCUAUUAGAUGCUUGCACUCUUGAGUAGAUGCACAGCUUAUAUAUAUAUAUAUAUAUAUAGGAGAAAGCCUUCCUCGACUUGGAAAAUGCAGAACAGAACAGAACAGAACAUAUCGGCCUCAGACCUUUUUAUCAGGUAACUUGUUUUUGGAUUUACCAUUUACUCGUAUUCCCGCUACCGAAGAAAUAUGUAACUUUUUUUUUUAUGCAUAUAGUGUAUAAUAAUCUGAAUUUGGAUAUCAUUACUUGGUUUUGUGCUGGAAUUUAGUAGAGAAGCCGAAAAAUGAUUUCAUUA